AUGGCCGUGGAAGGUAACCUCAUCUUGGAGUCGAGCUUGUCGGACGCUCUGUUGAGAAAAAGAGCCGAUGAUUCUCCCGCGUCGUUUGAGAAAGUGCUCUCCGCACUGGCGACCAAGAUCGCCAACACCCAAGCGAAGCUCGACCGGACGCGGUCCAGCUCGAGGCGCGCACGCGUGCUCAGCACCCUCUACCUGACCUUUGGCUACCUCGUGUACGCCAUUGUGCUCGCGCUUGUCGUGGGAUGGAAGAACAUGGGGCGUUGGGAGUGGUCUGGUGUCGCCGGAGGGCCGGUCCUCAUCUACGCCACGCGCAAAGCCCUUGCCUCCGUGUUUAGCAUCCGAAUUGACUCUCUUGCAUCGACGCUCAAACAGCAGCAGGAGGAGCGGGCCAAGACGAUUCAGAAACUCAAAGACGCCACCAAAUACGACUCGACCUUGCAGCUGUUGGAGAAGUACGGGGGCGGGGGAGAGACCAAACCGCGCAAAGGCAACGGCGAAGGUAAGGCGCAACAGGGUGAAAAACGCGGCAAAGGUGGUCCAGGCGGAGGGACGCAAGACGACAGGAAUCCUUCGACGCCCAACCGGACGCGUCUGCCGCCACCGCCCACGGCCAACAUCCCAUCGGGCAGCCAUGUCCCGGCGGCGUCGUCCAAGCCGAACACGCCGCGUGCGGGAGCGGGGGGCCACAGCCCCGGUGUGACGGACCUGAGCGCCACGGCCGAGUUUGCGCCGAAUGCCUUUGGUCCCGACGAGGUAGGGACCCCUGCGCAGACGCUCCCUCCUCCCCACGUUGCCGGCGGCCCGCAUGCGUAUGCGGCGGCCGCGUCCAGCAGUGGUGCUGCCGCCGCCGUCGGCGAGUCCCACUGGUACGAUCGCCUCCUCGAUUUGCUGAUGGGCGACGACGAGACCGCGGCCAAGAACCGCUUCGUGCUCAUCUGCCGCGCGUGCCGUCUCGUGAAUGGACAGGCGCCGCCGGGCACGCACAGCCUGGCCGACGUCGGCCGUUGGCGCUGCAUGGGCUGCGGUGCUAUGAACGGCGAAGACGGCGAGGACGGCGAGGACGGCGAGGACAGCGAGGACGGCGAGGACGGCGAGGCGACAAAGAUUGUGAGCCAGGUGCUGCAGCGUAAGGUCACAGAAGUGGCCGACAGCGAGGCCGAGAGCGAGGAUGACGAAGUCGACGAGGUCGAGAUCCAACCAGAAUCCGUCAAUGCAGAGGGCGAAGAAGUCGAUCUGGUUGCCACGGGCAAGGACAACGCCGACAGGAAAAGCGUUCGGAAACGCAGCAAGAAGACGAAAUAG